GGAGUGAAAUAAUGAGGAAAUGCAUCUAUAUGAAAACGACUCUCCACAGCGAGGCGAUCGAUUCUCCGUCACUGUCAGGGAUGAAACAACACGUGACACAACCGACGAUGCAGACAUGUUUUCCUCUGCUGGCAUGUGGCCGCAGAGUGUGUGAGACACCCAGUGAGUGUGUGACAGUGUGUGUGCGGUGAGGAGCCGCAGACAUCACACACAACCACCACCAUCAUGUCCCUGUGGCUCUCGGCUCUGGCGGCUCUGGCCGUGGGCGUCUUCUCCGCUCACGUCUUGCAGAGGCUCUGCUUCCCGUACUUCUGGAGGGACGUCUUCUUCCUGCUGAGGGUGGUCCGCUGCGGGCUCAGGCUGGAGCUGUCCAGGCUCACGGGCGGCGUGUGCACGGUGCUGGAGCGGUUCGAGCGGCAGGCGCGGCGCGUCCCCGACAAGCCGUUCGUCGUCUUCGAGGGACGCGUCCACACGUACCGCGACGUGGAGCGGCGCAGCAACAGGCUCGCACGCGUUUUCCUCGACAGAGUCCAGCUGCGGAAGGGGGACUGCGUCGCGCUGCUCAUGAGCAACGAGCCCGACUUCCUGUGCGUCUGGUUCGGCCUGGCGAAGGUCGGCUGCUCGGUGGCGUUCCUCAACACCAACAUCAAGUCCAGGUCUCUGCUGCACUGCUUCAACUGCUGCGGGGCCAGAACUCUGAUCGUGGGGUCAGACCUGGUGCACUGUCUGGAUGACAUCCUGGGCAGCCUGCUGGAGGACAACAUCCAGGUGUGGGCCAUGAAGAGCCACAGUGAGCACACCCAGGUGCACACUCUGCUGGACGAGAUCGCUGCCGCCUCCGACCAGCCUGUACCAGCAGAGCUACAUGCCACCACCUCUCUCAAGUCCCCCACCCUGUACAUCUUCACCUCUGGAACAACUGGGCUCCCGAAGGCCGCAGUGAUCACUCACCUCCAGAGUCUGAAGGCAGCAGCAGGCUUUUGGGCCUUUGGGGCGACUGAGGACGACGUGGUGUACAUCCCUCUGCCUCUGUACCACAGUGCAGCUUCCCUGAUCGGUAUAGGAGGAACCAUAGAGCUGGGCGCGACCUGCAUCUUGAAGAAGAAGUUCUCAGCCUCCCAGUUCUGGAACGACUGCAGAAAACAUGACGUGACUGUUUUCCAGUACAUCGGUGAACUCUGCAGAUACCUCUGUAACCAGCCUAAGACGGAGGUCGAUCGAGUUCACAAGGUGCGGAUGGGAGUUGGGAACGGGAUGCGACAGGACAUCUGGCGGGAGUUCCAGAGUCGCUUUGGAAACAUUAAAAUGUGCGAGGUGUACGGCUCCACGGAGGGAAACCUGUGUUUCAUGAACCACAUCGGCAAGAUUGGAACCGUGGGCCGCUCCAACUUCUUCUACCGGCUCUUGUUCAAGUAUGAUCUGGUGAAGUACGACAUGGAGAAAGACGAACCAGUCAAAGACCAGCAUGGUUUCUGUCAGCGAGUGGAAAAGGGUGAGACGGGCCUUUUACUGUCCAAGGUGGGCGCCAUGAGCCCCUUCUUCGGCUACGCUGGCAGCAAGCAGCUGACGGAGAAGAAGCUGAUGAGAAAUGUGUUUGUGAAGGGAGACGCUUACUUCAACACUGGCGACCUGAUGGCUGAAGACCAGCAGGGCUUCAUCUGCUUCAGGGACAGAGUUGGUGACACCUUCAGGUGGAAGGGUGAGAAUGUAGCAACGACAGAGGUAACAGAGACCCUCGGGCUCGUGGAUUUUAUGCAAGAAGUCAACGUAUAUGGAGUGGAAGUACCGGGACAAGAGGGCAGAGCGGGAAUGGCUGCCGUGAUAUUAAGACCCGGUCUCUCGUUUGAUGGGAAGAAACUGUUUGAGCACGUGAUGAGGGAUCUCCCAGCGUACGCUCAUCCACGCUUCAUCAGACUUCAGGAGAUCAUGGAAAUGACCAGCACCUUCAAGCAGCAGAAGUUCCAUCUUGUGCAGAGAGGCUUCAACCCCUCGACUGUCUCAGACCCUCUGUAUGUGUUGGACUACGAGCAGAAGAACUACAUUCCUCUAACAGACUCCAUCUAUCAGAGCAUCCUCGCUGGAGAGCGCAAGCUCUAGAGCUGACGUGUGUGGGUAUGAUGACACGGUUUCAAACGGUGAAGAAAAAAGGAUAUAAAUGUGGAAACCACAUGAACAUGAAGAUCAACGGAGGAGUGACUGAGAUUUGAAGGAAAAUACAACGUCACAUUAAUGAAUAAAAGGAUUGUGAUCAGUUGACAGUAUACACAUGAACAAUAGUGAGUUACUGUAUAUAUUUAUAUUAUUCAAGGGUUAAAAACUGACAAAACAACAUGAAUUUUAAUUCAUACCUUAAGAAGGUCUUACUUUUUCAAUUAAGAUGCCAAUUCAGGACUAGGAUUAGGAGUUCGUAGAGAAAGUGAAUGGAAUAUAAUAUAUGUCGGAGUUUGCAUGGUGCAUAUAAUCUCAUGAAAGCGUCUGUGAUUGGAACCUUUGUUGGAAAGUUGAGGUAGAUGUGAAGAUGAGGUUUCUCGGUUUCACCACUGAAAAUGUCCGUGACACGUGCAGAUGAUCCAUUGAAACCUUCACAAUACAGUAAAGUGCCUUUAUUACAUCUGAGCUAGUGACUACAGUGAUUGACAUUAAGGGAUUAGUUCUCAUUUUACUGAAGCAGGGUUUUAAUAUGUCCUUAUCAAUUCAUUUCAUUUAUAAAUGAAAAAAAACAGACUGUGUUGUUUUCAUAGCGCUUUUCUAGUCUUAUUAACCACUCAUAGUGCUUUGUGUUGCAAGGCACACACACACACAACAUUCAUACACUGCUGGCAUAGUCUUCAAUUUCUUAACACACAGACAGAGGAACAAAUGACCGUUAACUGUUCAAACAGCCAUUAACAUAUAAGAUAUUUAUUUGCCCAUUUAGAGUGGAUUAACAGGUUCAGGGGAGAGCUGGGAUUUGACUGCCUACUUCACUGUUUGCACUGUCCUGCUCAACAGCUUCUUUCACUUCCUCCAUUUGAAAUAUCUUAGCAAGUAAACAUAUUGUUGUUGCUAACCCAGAGUUCUGAGCUAUGUUGUAAAUAGUAAUAUUCAGAAGGUUCACCCUUCCACAGGGGUCAGGUUAACUGGAGACUCUUAAUUGUUUGUCAGUCUCUGUAUGUUGGCGACAUGUCCAGGGUGAACCCCGCCUCUCGCCCAGGGUCAGCUGGGAUUGGCUCCAGCCCCCCGCCCUCGACCCCUAAAGGAUAAAGCGCUACAGAUAAUGGAUGGACAUCCUUUUCUUCUUCAACAGAAGUUUUUGGACUUGUUCCAUGGAGACACAGCCGAACAUAACAGAUACGGACAUCCUGCAAAUGAACAGAAUACAUUUUCAUUUUGAGAUUUGAUAGGAAAUCAUACGUAUUUGUGCACAGAAAAAACACAGCGAUAAAUAGACAUAAUAGACAUAAUGUACAUGAUGGAGUACAAAAGCAAAUCCUGAUAUUUAUUGAUAUCAUUUUGUUACCAAAAUGUAACAACUAUUAGCUUAUAAUUAUCCUAUUAUUAAAAAAACAACACAAACAGAAUACAGUGGGAAUUUUGCCAUGGGCUAUAAUAUGUGAUAUAUACAUAUAUAUAUAUAUAUAUAGCGCUAACGCUUUGUUAAAACCAGUUCCUCACUCUGUGACUCUGCUCAGGCUCAACCAUCCUGUUUGAAUCGGGACCGGGUUUCUGUCGUUCAUGUUACGUGACCGAGCUGAGCCAGACGUGAAACAUGAGAUACUUGAAUCAUUCUGACUUUCACCUCAGGUGCGUCGUCCUAUCACACAUAUAGGCUUCGCUUUGAGUGUGUCGCAAUAUUUAACUGACAGUACUAAAAUGCACUGAUGACAAAAUCAUUUGAUUUCAUCUUGUUGCAUCUUUCCGGGACGACCUGUCGGGUUUAUCUGCUCACUGACCGCUGAGCAGUUUGCCUGAGAAAAUCUUCUGCGAUAAACACAAAUCAUUUCUUUUCUUUUUUUACGGUGCAUAAUUAUGAUAUGGUUCCUUUAAAAUGACCUUUUUCUGCACACUGUGAAUGUACAAUGAGAGCAUUGGUUUUUCAUAAGGUGAUGGACACGUAGUGAGCCUAGAGACAGCAUUAGGACACUGUUCGUUUUACACAUUUACAUUUGUCUCUUUUGCUCAAGCCAUAACACUUAUCAUUUUCUUUUAAUGCAUUUUGAGUGAAUUGUCAAGAGCUUCAGAAUGUGUUAUUUUUUUCUAGGAUAAUUGAUGUUUCUUCACACAUGGUAAGAAUGGGUAUUCAGGUUUGAUGCAUUUGUUUUAGUUGUUCAUGCUCACUACUCUAGCAUAUUCUCUCGUCGUCAUCACCACACACAGUCAUUCAGUCUCUGACAGUGUUUUCGCGUUCUUAGUCUGCAUUGGGGAGAUGAGCUCCAGUGAUAUGGCGUGCAAAAAUGUUCAAGGAAAUAAAUAUUGGUUUGUUCAAUAAA